AUGAGCUCGCCUGCGGCGAGGGCGGUCGAGUGCACGAAGCUAAGCGGCUCCCGUGGAGCGGCUCCUGUGGUGUACGAGGAGAAGCUGGAGCGGUGGCGCGAGCUCGGCGGCGACGCCCUCGAGCCGGUCCUCGCGAGCGGCGCCGUCGCCCUCCUCGACGCGCGGUGGAUCAUCAGCCACGCUGAGGCGGGCGGCGUCCUCACUCACCGCCAGGCGCUGCCCGAAGAGGCCUUCCUCUCCCUCGCAGACCUCGUCGAGGCGAUGCACGAGUUUUCGCAGCACAUUCCCGUCGCCGCGCUCUCCUACCCGUGGCUGACGAAGGACCACCCCGACCCGCGCGGAGCCAACCUCAGUCGCGUCGCACGGGCGCUCAAGGCCCUUACCGUCGGCGGCUUGAACCGGCUCGGCGUCUUUUGGGACUACGGCUCGCUGCACCAGCACCCCGACCCCGCGAACGGCGUCAUGCGCACCGAGGAGCAGAACGCGCUUUUCAAGCAGGGGCUGAGCUGCCUCGGCACGCUCUACUCCCACCCGAAGACAUCGAUAUCAUGGGUGCUGCGGCUGACCUCCUUCCCGGACGGCCACAAGGCGAAGGACCAGGCCACGGGCACCAACGUGGCCAAGUACUUUGACCGAGGCUGGUGCGCCACCGAGAACGCCUGGGCGAGCCUGACCAAGUCCAGCAACCUCUCGCUCGACCUCGGCCUGAUGCGCGACCGCGAGAGCUACCACUUCAACAACCUCAUCCUCGACUGCACCAAGGGCGGCCGGCGCCCUCCGCUGCUGCCGUCUGUGUUUGCGGCGGAGCUGGAGUCGAAGAGCUUCACCAACGGCAAGGACGACAAGCCGCUCGUGAAGCGGCUGUACGAGGCCGCCUUCAAGGAGCAGUUUGGCAAGGCGACCGAGCUGAUCUACGACGACCUCGGCUGGGGCGACGCGGAGGCGGCGCAGCUGGCGGAGGUCCUCGCGAGUGGGGCAGCGCCGCGGCUCGAGAGGCUCUGGCUCAACCGCAACCAGAUUGGCGACGAGGGCUGCAAGGCGCGGGCCGCCGCCCUCGGCAAGGAGGGGGCAGCGCCGCGGCUCAUGGUGCUCUGGCUCAACAGCAACCAGAUUGGCGACGAGGGCUGCAAGGCGCUGGCCGCCGCCCUCGGCAAGCUGGGGGCAGCGCCGCGGCUCAUGGGGCUCUUGCUCAACAGCAACCAGAUUGGCGACGAGGGCUGCAAGGCGCUGUACGCCACCCUCGGCAAGCCCUCCUCGCCUUGGCUCGAGCUCCGCAACAACCAGAUUGAUUGCCAAUGGAGGGCGGCGGACCUUGACGCAACCGGCGAUGACUGCAUGGUCGCCGCGUGCGCAUGGCAGCUCCGCGCGUGUUUCGAGGUCGUCGAGGUGCUGCUCUCCUUCUCGUCGUGA